CUAUUAAGUUGACCGUAACUAUUUAGUUGCUCGUUUUACUUUAGCCAUCAUCUGUUUCUACGAGGAUAAAAACGUCCAUGUUGGCCGUCUUGUUUCCAUCGGUGGGGUUAUUUAGUCAGUUAGCUUAGCGUGCGAUCCUCGUUGAUUUAACGUGAGUAACCAGCUGACACACACAGAGCUACCGGAGCAAUACUGUCAUUUAUAUUCGUCGAUAUGUUUUUAGUGAAACGUGUUGACAGCUGAAGCUAACAGUCUCAGGAAAGCGUUCACUCAUUGGGAUAACAUGUGUCACAUCAACAUGUGUCAGUUGGUCCUCACAUAAUUCUUCAGGAUGUUUUCGACUAAGCAAACGAAUCACAAUUGUUACACGUAUUUCUUCAUCUGUCUAUUGAUUAGCGCACAAGAUAGUUGUAUAAUGUCUAAAGAUGAUAAAUGCUAUAAAGCCCAACAAAUAAGCUUAAUGUCAGAUAUGCAAUGUAGGUAUGAAGUGACGAUAAACAACUUUUGACAUGUGUGAGUCUAUUCAGUAAAUCAGCAAAGUUAAUUGAUCGCUAAUCUGCCUGAUGGAUCGUGGAGGUCUCCAUCGUGGAAUAUGCCUCUAUGAACUAUUCAUACACUCUGUCAUAUUCAUUGAAUGUAUUUUAACUCUAAAUCUGUCCUUCUGUACACAUUACAUCUAUUGCACCUGUCCAUCCUGGAGAGGGAUCCUCCUCUGUUGCUCUCCUGAAGGUUUCUUCCAUUUUUCCCCCUGAAGGGUUAUUUGGGAGUUUUUCCUGAUCCGAUAUGGCCUACCCUAAAACCCACAACCCGUUUGACGACGACGAGGAGGACGACUUCAGGCCCAAAAGACGGGAGUUCGGCGACGGCGAAGAUGACGACGACGGCGACAGUGGGCUGAGCGAACCGGAGAGGAGACAGCGGCACCUCCAGCAGCAAGUGAUGCGCACGGCUCAGUCUGCUGUGGACAGCAGCCACCGCUCCCUCGGGCUCAUCUAUGAAUCUGAGAAGAUUGGUGUGGAAACUGCAGAGGAGCUGGUUCGACAAGGUGAGGUUCUGAAGAGGGCCGACAAGAUGAUGGACAACAUGGAUCAGGACCUGAAUACCAGCCAGAAGCACAUUAACGGCAUCAAGAGCAUGUGGGGCGGCCUGGUCAACUACUUCAGGGCCAAGCCGGAGACAAAGCCGCCGCCCGAGGAGCCAAAGGCCUACCAGGCCAACGACCGAUUACAGACGGCCAUGUCCAGCAGCCGAGGACACGAAGAUAAGUACCAGGCCAGCCACCCCAAUCUCAGAAAGCUGAACACGGGAGAUUUCGGAGGAUCCGGGUCGUCGAUGGAUGACAAGAACGGAUACCCUCAGAACAGACACCUCCGGGAAGCUCACCAGACCCUCGACAACAAUCUGGAUGAGAUGUGCGGCGGCUUGAGCCGACUGAAGAGCCUCGGCCUCGGCCUCCAGUCCGAGAUCGACGACCAGGACGACUCCCUCGAUUCUCUGAUGAACAAAGUGGACAAGAUGGAUCUGAAGAUCAACAAAACGAACCAACAGAUUACAAACCUCAAGUAAAAACAAGACAUUUGCUUUUGGCGGAGACGGCAGACGGCAACGGGUCGUCCUCUCAACGUGGCUCAAAGACAUUUCAAUCAAAUGUUCCUCCCGGGGGAUUUACUGGUUUAUAUUCCAUGUCAGCUUUGUCCCUGACGUCCUCCUUCUACUCGACACGUUGAUUUGAGGAAUCCUUCCACCUUUAAAAUCACUGAUCUGUUAACUGGUGUCAUUACGUUCCAUUUGUUUCACAAACACUUUGGUUUUCUCUGUCGAGCUGCACUGGGUUGUUGGUUUUAGACUUUUGUUUUGUUUUUCUUCCUCUGCCUCCAAAGAAAGAAAACAAAUUAAAAUCAUUAAGAACUUUGUAGACGGACAUGUGUUUAAAACUGUAAUGUCGCCGUCUGCGUGGUUCCUGAUGUCAGCGCUGACGUCCUCGACCGGCCUCCACAUAUGAACUGAAACGACUCUGCGCGUCACUUUUUGCCUUACACGUGAUUGGUGCAUCCAGUGCCUCUCACUUCAGCUUCAUUCAUUAAAUGUGUGUGUGUCGUCCAUUGUCUUAAAUUCUGCAGAAUGUGAACGAGCUAGAUGUGAAUGUACCCCCCCCCCCCCCCCCGAAUCCCUCCUUCCUCCGUUAAUAACUGAAUAUUUCAUCUCUGGGAAACAUUAGAUGAACCACUUUACGGUUUUUGAUUGAAACAGAAGCUCAUUCCAAUGAAACGUUGGAACCAUGGUCACACGUAAAUCAUGUAUUCUAGCUGAAGCCACACACGUAUGUAUACCCAAUAAAAAAAAAUAUUUAAAA